CACGUGACUUGAGGCCUGCGCCUCUUCCGCCUCCUAGCGGGCACCCGGGGAGUCGGCCCGGGCCUGACCCGGGUCGUGCCCCGCCAGGCCCAGUCGGCGCCCGGGGCAGGGGCGGCCCCGCCUGCCCGCCGAGCCCCCCCCCAGGCCCGUCUCCGAGUCAGCCUGGGUGCCAGCAGCCAUGAAGGUUCUCCUGCUGAAGGACCCCAAGGAGGACGAGAGUGGACAGGACCCCUACAUCAGGGAGCUGGGGCUGUGCGGACUGGACGCCACGCUGAUCCCCGUUCUGUCCUUCGAGUUCCUGUCUCUGGCCAGCUUCGCGGAGAAGCUGGCCCGUCCCGACAGCUACGGGGGCCUCGUCUUCACCAGCCCCAGGGCGGCGCAGGCGGCCGAGCUGAGUCUGGAGAAAGGCGACGGGACCGCAGAGUGGAAGGCGUCCCUGGCGCAGCGGUGGAACGCCAAGCCGGUGUACGUGGUCGGGGAGGCCACGGCGACCCUCGUGCGCAGGCUCGGGCUGGACCCGGAAGGCGAGGCCUGUGGGAACGCAGAGCGGCUGGCCGCGCACAUCUGCUCCCGGUCGCCGCCCGCCCUGCCGCUGCUGUUUCCCUGUGGUAGCCUCAAGGGAGAAGCCCUGCCCCGUGCGCUCAGGGACCGAGGGGUGCCCCUGGAGAGCCUGACCGUCUACCAGAACACGCCCCACCCGGGGAUCCGGCACAGCCUGCACAGCUACUACACCCAGCAGGGUGUCCCCGCCAGCAUCACGUUCUUCAGCCCGUCCGGCCUGAGCUACAGUCUGCAGCACAUCCAGGAGCUGUCGGGGGACAGCAUCGGGCGGAUCAAGUUCGCGGCCAUCGGCCCCACCACCGCCCGCGCCCUGGCCGCGCAAGGCCUGCCCGUGAGCUGCACGGCCACGAGCCCCACGCCACAGGCCCUGGCCGCCGGCAUCCACGCGGCGCUACAGCCGGGCGGCCCCUGCUGAGCGGAGUCGGGAUCCCGGGCCCGAAGCCCCCUGCCCGUGUGGGCGGGACAUGGCCCUGGCCUGCAAGCCCAGUGCACGCGACGUCCUCCGUGGAGGCCAGCGAGGACCCUGGCACGGGGGGGCCCGGCAGCGGGAGGGCCCAGAGACCCCCUGAGCCCCUGACCACCGCGUCCGGGGAGCACAGCUGUGCCCACGCCCUCGUCCCCUCCGGCCACGAGAAUAAAGUCCGUGUGAAUCCGUG